AUGAGUCCUUCCCACCUCACCACCCAAGCGGCACCCAUCCCUCGCUACCCACCCACCUAUCAACACCCAAAUUCCAACAAAGACCAUUACCAAUACUGGCGCUACAGCACAAUGGAACUCGCAAAAUUCGCAACCAGUCUCGGACUCCACCUUCCCCACCCAGACGUCCGCGGGAGAGUCAUCGACGCCCUACAAAAAUCCGGCGGCGAAGCUCCAUUUCCUUUCCUCAGUUUACCACCCGAGCUGAGGAAUAUCAUCUACGAGGAACUUCUCAUCAAACGACCAGACUCCCCGAUUCGCCACCCACAGAUCUUACGUACUUGCAAAGCGAUCCGGGACGAGGCGACCGAUAUCCUGUAUGCCGAGAACUACAUCACCGUCCACGUCCACUCAGACCGAAUCGAAGUGUCAGGUAUACGCUGUGCAGGCGGUUAUAAUCCCGCCGGAGACAGCCGCGCACUGAAAGAUAGUCGUCCAGAGAAAGUCGAAGAGAUUAUCUGGCCGAAUUUCCUUCGUCAAGCCUGGCACAUCGCUUUAGAAGCCCCGGAAAACAUCUGGUACUACGACGCAGCCCAAACGAUUCAAGUGUGCAGUUCGCGCCGUGAGAUUGCCACUAAUAAUGUCUUGUACUCUAUUUGCUCGUUCCUCAGCUCUGGACAACACUGUCUCCGGUACAUCGACGCCUAUGAUUGUCUCUAUUUAGGCGCCUCGAAAGAUGAAAUCCGAGCAGCUCUCUACCCUGGGAAACUCAUCAUCAAGACAGAGUACAAUUCUGAGCGAUGGGAUUAUCAUGAGGGUAAGCGGGUAGAAGCCUCUCUCCACGACGAGACAAUCUCUGCGCGAGCUGCUACACUCCGCAAAUACGUGCGUCCAUCGAAUUCCUUGCUACAAGAAGUCGCAUGGUGCUUUUGUAAAAUCACCACGGAACCUAGAAGUACGACUUGGAAACAGCUGGCACGUUCCUUUUUAUUAGGUGGGAAAUGUGUCUUUUGGGCAAAAUUGAAUGCUAUGGGAUAUUGUAAGCCUGAGGUGAUUGAUGAGCAGCUUAAGCGCAUGGUUUGGUUGCUUAGAGAUUUGAUGGGGACGGAUUGGAUUCGUAAUGGUCGAGUCGGGAUCAAGGAGGAAGUUGGACAGUUGCUGCUUCUUGAUAUUGAGCUUCGCGCUGCCAGUGUUGCUCGAGAGGAAGGUCAGGCGGUUGCUGCUUUGUGA